AUGCCAAAAGGCUGGACUUUACUGGGUUUGGACUGCUUUGGGGCCUUGUCAGGAGCGUUUGGGCUUGAUAUAAUGGAACAAAGCCUGCCUUUGUUUAAUGGGCAUUCGAUGGAUGGGGGCACAAUGGAAGCCAAAAAUAGCAGUUUCGAAGGAAUUUCUGUCAGGCCGGCAGACGUGGAUAAAUUGGGGAAGAAUGAUAAUUUUUCUGCAAUGGAUAAUGAUAAAGAGGUGCGUGAAUUCAGCGUCCAUGAGACGAACAUUGUGGAGGGUCAAGUAAAGCUCAAACUGAAAACAAUGCGACCCACAGCUAAGAAAUCACUGAAAGAAAGUCCAGCUAGUAAAGCCAGUCGUCCGUCUAUUAAAAUUACUAUAAAGCCGCCAGUCACUGCCAAGUCCGGAGAUUGUGGUGGGAAUGAGGAGGCCGUGGAAGCUGUUGACAACAGCACUGUUAAAACAGUGCGCAGACGGGGAAGGUCCAAGAAGGCGGUGUGUUCAGCGAUAACAAGGGAAAGCGAUGUUGUGAAACAUAGCAAGGAGAAAGACGUGAAAAGUAUAAAAACAGUUGAGAACUCAUUGCCAGGAUGUAAUUUGGUAAUUGGAAUAUCAAAUGAUAGUUUUAGUGCGGAGAAACCACGGACAUUAGCUGAAAAAAGCAACACUUCAAAGAACAAAGAUUCAUGUCACCAAACAUGUGCACCUAAAAAUUCCAGGACUCUUGAAAGCAGAAUGGAUAACUUAUUAAUGAUUGUACCUGAGUACAAAAGAACACAAAAUUUAACUUGCAGCGGGUUUAUCGACUCGCCUGAGAGUUUAGUCUCUGAUGGUCUAGAUGGGUUUGACUCUCUUCUUACUGUGUCAACGUGUGACUCCAUUACCAUGACAACUGGUGCCAUAGAAACAGUGAAUGAUGAGGAUGUGAUAGGCACAGUAGGUGGAGGUACUGGUGAGGACACUGGUACUAAUUUACCAAUACCUAUUGAUACUGGCAUGGUCAUUGAAAUUUGCGAGGAUGUGGAAGGCACAGGACCAGUCAUCACGGAGGAUGAUUCAAUAGAUUUCGGAUAUAGGUCCUACGCUCAUAAUUUUGGUGCUGAUGCUGUUAUGAGUGAAAAAGACUCUGAUAUCACACCCAAUGUCACAAGUGAUGAACAGGAAAUUGAAUGCCAAGUUGCAGAAAGUGCAUCAAAGUCUACAGCUAUAAGUAAAAACAGUGCAACUUACAGUGUUCAUACUGGAUACAGUCCAAAAGUUAAAGCAUCAUUACAACCAAAACAAAGUCCAAAACCAGUGAAAGUCAGCCCUAAGGUUCGGAAAGGAAAGGAGAAAUUAUCAACUCCUGCGGUAGAGAAACAUUCAAAUGCACCUGUUCCUGAGGCUGCAGCAACCACUGAAAGUCAUUUGCAUCAUGGAAUUAAGACCCUGGGAAGUAGAAAAUUGUCUGUGACUAAGCAAGGUAAACAAGCUGAAAAUCCAGGAACGAAGGCUAAAACAAAAUAUAGUCCCUCAAAGGAUAUCAGUGACGUUAAGGGAACAAAAUCGAAGAAGUCAUCUACUGCCAAAGACUCUACAACCCAAAACAUUUGCUCCGACACAUGCACGAGUGUUGGUACUAAAUCAAAGAAGACAAAACUAACUGAUAAGGAAGAUGUUAUUACAAAAUCAAAAUCUGCCACGAAGCGUAAAGAUACAAAACAGGGUUGUGCAGUGGCGGAAUCCGCAGACAUUUUCACUGAAGACAAAUUAAUGAAUUUUACACUAGAGCAAGUAAUUGAGCCAGAUAAAACUAUUACAAAAAAUGUCAGGACUAAAAGCAAACCUGUAAAAAGCAGAAAGAAAAUUAUUGAAUCAGCAGCAUCAGCAGCCUCAUUGCCUGAACUUGAACUAGAAGAAGCAGUUACGGCUUCAAAGUCAAGUUCCAAUGUGCCAAAUAAACCACACAAACGAACAGUAAGGAACUCCAAAUCAAAAAAAGGAAACAAUAUUUCUCCUAAAUUGAUAGAUAAACAUGGAGACAAUGUGUUUACUACCCUCUCAGUAUCUGUAGAGGAAUCAAACAAUCUAGAUGGAGUGGCAACAGUUGAGUCAUCAAGGAGCAGCCCAAAACAAUCUCCCAAAUCAAAAAGUAAAAAAAAGAAGAGGAAAUUUCAUAAUGAUCAAUUUGAUAAUGAUGUUAUUAGGGAUGAAUUUGUUUCCGUUUCACCUGCACAUGAUGUGCAUAAUAAAAAGAAAAAUUCAACAAGAACGUUAAUUUCUAAAGGAAAACGAGGGAGACCUAAAAAGAAAUUUGAUCAAGAUAUCUCCCUAAAAACUGUUGAUCCCUGUAUGCCAAAUCUUGCAGCUGAGGAACUCUUCUCCAUUCAGUCUUCGCCACAUGCUUCUCAUUUUGAAAAAAGAAAAGAGAAAACACCAAACUCUAAAAAGUCACGCAUCAAAAACAAAGAAAGUUCAACUGGCAAAUCGGAAUAUUUCACAAAGAAAAUGGGCAAUGUUGUAAGCCCAACAUCUUCGAGAAAGAAAAAGAGAAAAAUUGAAGAUGUUGAUUCACUUAAUUUUGUUGAACCUGUGCUCGAGAAUGAAAAGAGGGACAAUAUUACAGUCACUUCAGGCACAUCUCCAUGUGCCUCAAGUGCAAGCACACAGACAGUUAGCGUUACAGCAAGCAAUACGUCCAGUACUGAACCACCAAAGAUUUGCCUCAAGGAGAUCGCUGUGCAGACAGAUGAGUCUAGUCUUUCAUACUUCAACCAUGGUUACAUGCGGAGAUACAAGAAACUGAAACGAUCAAGAGACUUUAAUAAAAAAUCUUACUCAACUACAAAACUUAUCCGGCCAAGAACUUUUGGGUUUGAAAGGCUUUCAUCAGUUGAGCCUUUAGCGCCACCUCAGGACUUUCCUAUCCAUUCUAAACAAAAGGAGCAAACUCCCUCACCUCAGAGUGAAACCACAUGUACAAGUGAGGAAACACUUUUCAGCGACAGUGGAAUUGGUACGGAUAAUAACAGUAAUUCUGAUCAUUCAGUAGAUAAACAAGGACACAGUCGAAGAAAGGCAAUGUCUUCAACAGGUUCAGAUAUUCUUAGUGAUGUAGUUGAACCAGAUAUGUCUGAUGUAUCGGCACCUGCAUCAUCAUUUGGUUCCCAUCCUGAUCAUUUCCAGGAUAAACACCACAAGAAGCACAAGUCACAUCAUAAGAAGAAACACAAGCAUUUAAGACCUAUACACGAAAUUGACCCAGCUCUUCAGGCUGAGUUAGACUCUCUGCUGGUGCAGAUGAAGGACUUGAAAAUCUCAAAAUCAAAUAGGCAUAAACUAAUGAAAGGACGAAUAGGUACAACACUGCCAAAAAAUCACCUUAGUACCAUUGCCAAGCUUAACACAUGCUUUCCAUACAUGAGACCUCUUCAUCUGACCUCAUGGACCAGUCAUAAGAUCAAGAAAGCAAAACAUAAACGAAGCAGAAAAAUGAAAUUGAAGGCUCUCACGAGGAAGGAAUUGAAAGAAAAGAGAAAAAGUAAAAAAAAACUGAAGAGGAAGGAGAAAAAAGCUGGAAUGUGGGAGGGGAAGGAUAAGGCUUUUAAGAUUAAUGAUUUUCCUGAAAUGUUUGAUCAUCCUGUGUUUGAUGAGGAAAAAGCUGAGGAGGAUUUCAUUGAGGAUAUUUCUAUUGAUGACUUCCCAAAAGAUGCAAUUGAUGAUGCAAUAGAUGCUUGUCUGGCAAAAUACAUAGGAGAUGACAAUAUAGUAUUACAAACUAGAGGAAAGCGAGGUAGACAUAGAAAGUCAUUGGAGAAUACAUCCAAAGCUGUUUCUACUAAAGAAAAAAGUAGAUCCGUCCGAAAAAUUGGAAGACCCAGAAAAAUAUCCUCUGUAGAUGAUGCAGAAGCGAAUCUCACAAGUGAAUUUUUUACAAAGGAAUUAAAGCAGCUGAAACAAAAAGAUUGCGUAACUGUUGAAAAGAGCAGUGAAUUACCCAGCUUAUCGACAAAAGAACAAUUCUCUAAGAGUGCUAAAAAGCAGGGUUCUAAGAAAAGCAAGGAGACUGUAAAGAAAACUGAGAAUUCUGGAAGUCUGGAUAAAUCAUUGGUGCAGCAAGAUGCUAAUGAAAGUUUUUUAAAGGAACCUGUUUUGUCAGAUCUAUCAAAAACGACUGUUGAUGAUGCUAUCGAAUCAUGUAUCAUGAAAUAUACAUGUUCACAAAAUACUAAUGAUAGUGAUUUUGAUGAUGAUGAUGAUGAUGGUGAUGUGGGUUUUGUUGAUUCUGAUAGUUCAGAUAGCGACGAGCCUCUCUCUAAAAUCAGGGAUCACAGUCGACGAGUACAAAGAGCAAAAGCGGAGGAAGAACAGCAGUUGGAGGAUUCAAUAGAUAAAGCUAUUGAAGCAUGUUUACAAAAAUUUACGACAGAAGAGGGAAAAAAAUUAUCCCUGACUAAAUCUUGUGUGAGUAAGGGAAGUGAAAAAACAACCAAAAUCAAUUCAAAGCAAAAGGGUUGUAGACAGCUUGAAGGGACUUCAGUUGUUGACAGUUUUGAUGAUUUGCUUGGCACAAAUACUGGGGAUUAUUGUAAUUCGAGUGAGAACAAAGUACCCAAGAAGGUGGGUAAAACUUCUAAAAAAGUACACAAUCCGCCAGUGAAAUCUAGGACUAAACACAGUGCCAAGAGACAAAGAAGUAGAAAACUGUUGUCAAGCGCAUUACAAAGACAGAGAUUGGCUAUUAAAAAGUCUAAACUCAAGCAGAAAGCUUCCCAAGAGAAAAAGAAAAAAACGAAUGAAAAUUUUGUGAUGGAAGACAUAGUUGCAGAGAGUGGGCUAUCACUCGAAGAGGAAUAUCUUUCACAGCAGCUUUCACGGAAAGGUACUCAUCGAAAGGUUGUGUGUGACGAUUCGGUUAUCGACGCUAUUAACACAGUCGUGAGGAGAGCUCAAGGCCAGAAAAAAGCUUCAGGAAAAAAUGCUAAAUUAUGUGGACUGAAACAAAAAUCUGCAGUAAAACGUCGCAAAGAUUGUGCCUCAGAAAUACCAAAGAAACGGAUAAAAUUGCAGAAUAAAAAGACGUCCAGAGCCAAAGGCAUUAAUGGGAAGACUGACCAGAAAAAGAAAGCGAACAAGAAAGAUUACCCUGGAGAAAAGAAAUUGGUUACCACCAACAAACAGGAGCCUCGUCCGCCUAAAAAAAAGUACUGGAAGGCAGGCAUCUACUCUGACGCCUACAAGCAAGACCUACCUAAAGGAAGGAAGAAUGGUCUCACCAAAAAUGGAAAUGAAAACCAUGAACCAAGUCGGUGUGAUCAUGGAUUACUUCCCGCUCCUAUUCACGUUGGCAAGUAUUUACGAGAAAAGAGAGUGGAUUUUUCAUUACCUUAUGAUAUAUGGUGGCUCCACGAUAUGGACAAAUUGCCGCCUAAAAACGAUGACAGUAAAUAUAAGAAGAUCAGAUCAAAUAUUUAUGUUGAUGUGAAACCGUAUUCUGGUCUAGAAGCAGUUAGCUGUAAUUGUAUGAAACCAACCAACGGUAUUGAUAGAGGUUGUGGUGAUGACUGUAUUAAUAAAAUGGUAUUCACUGAAUGCUCACCUAAUCUGUGUCCCUGUGGUGACCACUGCUCUAAUAUGUCAAUUCAGAAACACGAAUGGAUUACAACGUUAGAAAGACUUCCUACUGAAAACAGAGGAUGGGGAAUCCGAACAAAAGAUGCCAUAAAAAGUGGACAGUUCAUCUUGGAAUAUGUCGGGGAGGUGGUCAGUGAGAAUGAAUUUUGGCAACGUGCCAUGAAAAAUUAUCAGAAUCGUCGUCAUCAUUACUGUUUAAAUCUCAAUAGUGGAAUGGUGAUUGAUGGAUACCGAAUGGGAUGUGAAGGGCGCUUUGUAAACCACAGUUGUGAACCCAAUUGUGAAAUGCAGAAAUGGUCUGUCAAUGGUGUGUACAGAAUUGGUUUGUUUGCUCUUAAAGACAUUCAGCCAGGAAGUGAACUGACUUAUGACUAUAAUUUCCAUGCAUUUAAUUUGGAAACUCAGCAAGAGUGCUGUUGUGGUAGUGAUAAAUGUAGAGGUUUUAUUGGUGGAAAAUCACAGGCUCAACAACGAGUCAAUGGCGCAUUCAAGAAAGACAAAAAGACAGCAUCAGGCAAGACUACGAAAAGAGUUGGAAGACCACCUAAAGAUCAAGAUAAACGAAAAUCAAAAGAAACUAUCAAGAAACGGGAGUACAGGAGAGAUGAGAGCCCAAUGAAACCUCAGCAAAUCCACCUGCCUAAACCACUCUCUGUCAGAGAGAUGAAUAUGGCGGCUGAUAACCACAUUUUCUUGCUAAGAAACAUUGAAAAAGUCAAACGAAUGAAAGAAAGAUUACUGAAAGCCAAGAAUAAUAAUGGGCCAAAUGGAAUGCUCAAAGAAAGUGGUCGCGAUGUGUUCAUGGCUCAGUUCACCGCACUGAAAACGUCACGAUCAGUGAGAACACGGAGACUAGCUGCAGCAGAAGAAAAUAUUGAAGUUACAAAAAUUGCUAAAUUAGCCCAAGUGUUUAAAGAUAUAUUUACAACGAUCUGUGAAGUUAAAGAUCAAGAUGGACAUCUCAUAGCCACACCACUUAUGAAUUUACCAUCAAAGAAAAGGAAUACUGAUUACUAUGAGAAGAUAUCGGAUCCCAUAGAUCUCAAUACAGUUGAACAGAACAUCAUGACAGGGCAGUAUAAAACUGUGGAUGCAUUUGAUGAUGACAUCAUGAGAGUUUUCUCCAACGCUGAACUUGGUUCUAAAUUCUAUGGUCAGAAGAUUGAUUUCACUAAAGAUAUUGCUAAACUACGCAAGGCAUUCCAGGUGGCUAAAUGUGAAACAAGCGAUCAGAUUGAGGAGAUACUUGGGGAAGGCUCAAUAGAUGGCGAUUCAAACAAAGAUUGUAAAGAAAAAGUGGAGGACGAAGAAGAAGAGGUUAUUCGAUGUCUUUGUGGGUUGUACAACGAUGAAGGAUUGAUGAUACAAUGUGACAAGUGUUUGGUAUGGCAGCACUGUGAUUGUGUUGGUGUUUCUGGCAGUGUUGAACACUACUUAUGUGAACAAUGUGAGCCAAGACAAGUUCCCAAGGAAAUUGCUAUGGUACCACAGCCACAUUAUGCCACUCCAGGAUGUGUAUAUUAUCUUUGUCUACAACGAGACGAUCUGAAAGUGAAACAAGGGGAUUGCGUAUACUUGAUGCACGAUAAUUCUCAGCGGCGCAAUGCUGACGGUACACCGAUGAGGGCAUCUGCACGAAUCUCAUCACAUAUCAGCCGAGACAAACUAGACGUCUUCCGAGUGGAAAAACUAUGGAAAAAUGAAAAGGGUGAUCGAUUUGCAUUUGGACACCAUUAUUUUAGGCCUCAUGAAACACAUCAUACCCCGUCCAGAAAGUUCUACCACAAUGAGUUAUUCCGUGUCCCACUAUAUGAGAUUAUUCCAUUAGAAGCUAUUGUUGGAUUAUGUUGUGCAAUGGAUUUAUAUACUUACUGCAAAGGGAGACCUAAAGGUUUUAAAGAAGAAGACGUUUAUAUCUGUGAAUAUCGUCUUGAUAAGACGGCUCAUUUAUUUUAUCCUAUUGGUAAAACAAGAUAUGCAGUUUGUACUAAAUCGUAUGCCUAUGACAAGUUUGACAAGAAAAUCUGGCCUAAGAAGACCUACUCACCGCAUUACGUACCUGAACAUUUCAGGAGAGGAUACGGUGGAAGACCCACUUGGAAAUCAGAGAGAAGCGGAAAUAAGGAUGAAAAUAAUGAUCUGACAAAAGAUGAAACGAGAGAAGAAGAAGUCGACCAUAUGGAAGAGGAUGAGAAAUCACCAGAAGAAAGACACCAAGAAAUGGAAGAAGAAAGAAAGGCCGGAAAGAAAGAAAGAUUAAAUAGUAUCUUACUAAGGUUAUUGUCCAAACUGCCUGGAAAACAAGGAAAAGCAGCUGUUGACGUGACAUAUUUACUAGAGAAAGGUUGUGGAAAAAGACAGCGUAAAAGACCUCCGCUUGCAUUGGACGGAUUUUUCUGA